CGUCGCGACCAGCGUACACAGCAACGGAGCUCAGACAAAAGCGCUCUCGUAAAAAAUCAAAUUUCUAAACUUAUACAAAAAUAAACUUUAUUAUUAUUUAUUAUUAAUGUCGAUUGUCUUUUGUUUUCGUGUGAAAUUCUCCAACUCAGAUCAUUGGUUAAUGUGUGUGUGAGUUUUUCAAGUUAAACAGAAGAUUCAAACGCUAGACGAUAAAACAUCAACGAAUAGUUCCCAAAAUGGCCGUGUCAUUUGUGAAUAAACUAUUUUUGUUUAUCUUUGUGCUAAACAAAGAAAAUAUAUUAGCAGACGAUGAUGUCACAACCAAACAAUUGAAUUUGUACAUAGCUGACAAACAAGAAUCGUUUGAAAUGACAACUGUAGACGAUGAUCUGAAUGUACCAAAAAAAAUUAAAGCCAACAAAAUCAUAAGCGAAUAUGAUGAUAGAUUUAAAACAGAUACGAACUCUAGUGAAUUUGAGGAAGCAGAGAAUGAAACCUGCGUUGGAGAUCCACAAUACUGCAACAUGACAAAGGAGGAGUAUGUCAAAAUGAUACAAGAAUAUAUUUACCCAAACCCGUACGAGUGGAUAUUGAUAGCUACACACACGUUUGUGUUCAUAACCGGAUUAUUUGGGAACGCGCUGGUGUGCGUCGCGGUUUACAGGAAUCACUCAAUGCGGACUGUUACAAAUUAUUUCAUUGUCAACCUAGCUGUGGCAGAUUUCAUGGUGAUAUUAUUUUGUCUGCCGGCGACGGUGCUGUGGGACGUGACUGAGACUUGGUUCCUUGGGGAAGGGCUUUGUAAAGUCCUGCCCUAUUUUCAGUCAGUAUCAGUGACGGUGUCAGUUCUGACGCUGACUUUCAUCUCUGUGGACCGCUGGUACGCUAUCUGCUUCCCGCUGAAGUUCAAGUCGACCACGGGCCGCGCCAAGACCGCUAUACUGAUUAUAUGGCUCGUCUCUUUGUGCUUCAAUAUACCUGAGCUGGUGGUGCUGAAGCUGGUCCGAUUUGUUCCUCUGCGCUUCGAGCUGCCGUACCUGCUGCAAUGCUACGGCACCUGGUCCCCGAGCAGCGAACUCGUUUGGCACAUCCUCAAAGUCCUUUUGAUAUAUACACUACCCCUCGUGCUCAUGGCCGUCGCGUAUCAUCAGAUAGCGAGGGUGCUUUGGAGCUCCAACGGAAUUCCCGGACAGGCCGACACAAAGAAACUGGCCACUGCAGAACUGACACAACUCCGUUCUAGAAGGAAGGCAGCUAAAAUGUUGGUGUCAGUUGUGAUAAUGUUCGCCGUAUGCUAUUUCCCCGUUCACCUGCUAUCUGUGAUGCGCUACACCAUUGAUAUGGGACAAACGGAAUUCAUAACCAUUUGGGCGCUUGUCUCGCACGUCAUGUGCUACGCGAAUUCCGCCAUAAAUCCAUUGAUCUACAACCUCAUGAGCGAUAAAUUUCGUCGCGAAUUCCGCAGAGCGUUCUGCUGCUCUACCAGUUCGGGACAGCAGGAUUUCACAUCCAUGUCCCGUGUCACCACGAAGAAGGACUCGUCUAUAAUGGCAUCCUUCAAGCCGGGACAUACCAGCACGACAUUCGUUCAUAACAAUAAAAACGGACAUAUGACUUAAGGCUAUCAAACAUUAACCUAGCGACAUUAAGGUUUUGGAUUUAUUUUAUUUGGAACAUUCGUCUUGAUAAUGAAGUUUUGUUGAAAUAAAAAUAUUACUUAUAAAUCAUCUAUAAAUACUAAGCAAACAGAAAAAUAGAAAAAGUGUAGUGAACUGUUCUUACUUAGUAGCUAUAUGAUUUAUUUUUUCCCCUGCCGAAUACUAUAUUCAUGAAUAUAUUUUUAUUGCUUAGAUGGGUGGACGACCUCACAGCCUACCUCGUGUUAAGUGGUCACUGGAGCCCAUAGACAUCUACGACGU